AGGAAUUUCCGGUGACGUCAGCGCGCCUGGACGCCAUUAGGGCUGCAGCUGUUAGGAGGAACAACAACAGACCAGAAGAGACAGGCGAGCCUAGUGGAGACUGAGCGCCUUCCAGCAGGGCGACGAGCUCUGGAUCCCGGGAGCGUACAUCUCCUUUCCCAUCCCCGGGCUUCACUGGCUUCUAACCACGGCCGCUCUUGGUGAGGAAACUCUGGCCUCCGCUUCCUCCUCCUCCGACUCGGACACCGGCGGAGCGUCGCCGCCCCCGCGGAAGAAACACCGAGCCUCGGCGGCGGAGGGAGCAGGAGAGCCCGGGGCUUCAACUGGGACAGUGGGCCUUUCUGCGGUUGUUUUAGGACUCUCAUCGACGACACAUCCUCAGGCAUCCUCUGCCAUUUACUUUAACAGAAACAUCGUCAGUAAUCUCGGCACAAACAUGCAGUCCAACGGAUCAGGACAGGGACAGGACUCGGACCUUUCCUGCUUGAACAACGCACAGAACGGAGAGUCCUCCUCGGCCGGAGGAGCGCACUCCAACGGGCUUAUUUCCAGCACAAACAACGGGAACAGCGGUGGUACCAAUAACAUAGCUGCGACUGGACCAGGCUCUGGUAGCUCCACGGCAUCGGGUUCGGACGUGGGCUCCAUUAAGAAAAAGAAACGUCUAACACAGUCUGAGGAAGAUGUGAUCAGACUAAUAGGGCAACAUCUACACGGGUUAGGGCUCAAUCAGACGGUGGACUUGUUGAUGCAAGAGUCGGGCUGCAGACUGGAGCACCCAUCAGCUACAAAGUUCCGCAACCACAUCAUGGAGGGAGAGUGGGAUAAGGCUGAAAAUGAUCUGAAUGAGCUGAAAGCAUUGAUGCACUCACCCAACGCCAUUGUGCGGAUGAAGUUCCUGCUCCUACAGCAGAAGUAUCUGGAGUUCCUUGAGGACGGGAAGGUUCUGGAAGCUCUGCAGGUGCUGAGGGGCGAGCUCACACCUCUCAAGUACAACACGGACCGCAUCCACGUCCUCAGCGGGUACCUGAUGUGCAGUCACGCAGAGGACCUGAGAGCCAAAGCAGAGUGGGAGGGCAAAGGAGCCGCGUCACGCUGCCGACUACUGGACAAGCUGCAGACGUUCCUGCCCCCCUCAGUGAUGCUGCCCCCUCGGCGGCUGCAGACGCUCCUCCGCCAGGCGGUGGAGCAGCAGAGAGACCGCUGCCUCUACCACAACACCCGCCUGGACAGCAGCCUGGACUCCGUCUCUCUGCUGCUGGACCACGUCUGCAGCAGGUCAGCCCAACACACACGGAAGCAGUUCCCAUGUUACACACAGCAGAUCCUGACAGAACACUGUAACGAAGUUUGGUUCUGCAAGUUCUCCAAUGACGGAACCAAACUGGCCACUGGUUCUAAAGACACCACUGUUAUCAUAUGGGAGGUGGAACCGCACACGCAGCAGCUGAAGCUGUUGAAGACUCUGGAGGGACACGCUUACGGAGUGUCGUACCUGGCCUGGAGUCCGGAUGAUGCCUACCUGGUCGCCUGCGGACCUGACGACUGCUCUGAACUCUGGCUCUGGAAUGUACAGACUGGAGAGUUGCGCACCAAGAUGACCCAGUCCCACGAGGACAGCCUGACCAGCGUGGCCUGGAACCCUGAUGGCAAGCGAUUCGUCACGGGGGGACAGAGGGGACAGUUCUACCAGUGUGAUCUGGACGGGAAUCUUCUGGACUCGUGGGAAGGUGUCCGUGUGCAGUGUCUCUGGUGUUUGGGAGACGGUAAGACCGUCCUGGCCUCUGACACACACCAGCGAAUCCGUGGAUACAACUUUGAGGACCUCACCGACAGAAACAUAGUCCAAGAGGAUCACCCUAUCAUGUCGUUCACUGUGUCCAGAAAUGGAAGGUUAGCGCUUUUAAACGUAGCAACUCAGGGUGUGCAUCUCUGGGACCUGCAAGACCGAGUGUUGGUGAGGAAGUACCAGGGAGUGACUCAGGGCUUCUACACCAUACACUCCUGCUUCGGCGGACACAACGAGGACUUCAUCGCAAGCGGCAGUGAAGACCACAAAGUGUACAUCUGGCACCGGCGCGGUGAGCUGCCCAUCGCCGAGCUCACGGGACACACUCGCACCGUCAACUGCGUCAGCUGGAACCCCACCCACCCCGGCCUCUUGGCCAGCGCCUCGGAUGACGGAACCGUGCGCAUCUGGGGCCCGGCGCCCUUCCAGGACGGCCAGGAGCUUGACAGUCUCCACGAAAGCAGCAGUGGCAUGGAUAGUUGAUGUUGACUCUGCUCUCGUUUGAAUCCAAACCCGAGACAAACAAAAACAAUCAGAAUGGAACCGAGGCAAGAUUCUCCACAUCACCAUAGCAACUUAGGAGCUGGGCGGCUGGAGGAGGUGGGGCCUGGAGGUGUCACUCUAUCCAAGGGGGAGGAGCUUUGGGCCUGAGAAAGUUCUGACUACUCCUGUCAGUCACAUACAGACACACAAACACACCCCACAUCUUGACAUGCAAUAUGUUCACACACAUAGAUACGCCGCAUGGAGCUGGAAGAUUGUGUGUGUGUGUGUGUGUGAGUGUGUGUGUGGGAUCGCUUUGGUGAGAAGUCAGCUAACCCUUGAGGUCUGAGGGUCCGAACCCCCCUCCUUUCACUUGGGGUUCAUCUGCACAAACCUGCUUCCAUUUGUUUGUGUGAGAGUGUGAGUGAGACAGUGAGAUUGUGGUGACGUGUGUUUGUGAUAGUGAGACUAUUGAAGUGCGUGAGUGUUGAUGUGUGUGUAUGUUCUUCCUUUUCAUACCAGCGUGUGAGUGAGUGUGAGUGUGAGUGUGUUUAUGUGUGUGUGUGGUUGAAAUGAGCUGUAAUGAUUUUAUAGCUGUGCUUUCGGGAGGCGUCUUCUCACAAUCUUCACCCUACACCACCACACAAAGAAACAACCACACUGCCCAGCAGUUAUGACAUAAAACACACAGACACACAGACACACACACACAGAUGUUUUUGGAUGGCUGCGCAGGUGUUCUGAAGCCCCUCCCCUCCAUGUGAAUCCCACCCCUCCAGGCUCCUCCCCCUGGUUCAGUGUUCUGGACUGACUGACGUUCGUGUUUAAAGACUUUCUGUCGGUUUUUAUGAGAUUUUUGUUACUUUUAUUUUAGGUUUUUUUUUUCUUCACAUGAUAUCUUUUUUUUUUUUUUUCAUUUUGGUUGACCUCUUGUAUUAUCCUAUUAAAAUAUAACCAGCCAAUGACCCCACUGAUUUCUCAUCUUUUCAUUAUUAUAGUUUGAAUGCAUUUUCGUGUUUUGUUGUUACAGCAGGUCUUUUUCCUUUUUACGGUUCUCUGACACGUCAGUCAGUUGGGUGUCAUGUGACUCUACGGUACAGGAUGCACAUCUGGUGUGAGAAGACUGAUGAGUCAAAAAAGGAACAGGAAGUCGGUAUGCCCCAGUCACAUGUGCCAUAUUGCCCCAAAUUACACCCCUACCCUUUGACUAGAGUCCAUGUCAGUCUUUGCUGUCUGUGGAUCUCGAAUCCAUCGGUCACCUUGUAGGAAAGCUGUGAUUGGACUAUGAGUCUGUCCAUCACCGCGAGAAGAGCUGUGUCGGACCGUCCGUCUGCGCCCCCUCCGACAACCUUACUUCAAAGCCAGACCUCAUUUCAGUCUGCUCUUCUCAGUCUCGGCUUGCUAAAGCUAGAUUGCCUGAAAUUUGGGUUUUAAACAGGGGGUUGGUGAUGUGUGUCAGUGUGUGUGUGUUUGUGUGUGUGUGUGCCUGCUGCUGCUCUUUGGGGCUGUGCUUUCUGUGUUUAAUUUGAGACUGUACCAUUUUUGUAUCGUGCAGGAGUGUUUUCAAUAAAGCCUUCUGGUUUUUGGGAAACCA